CCCACCCCCUGCAGGUCGGUGCGGGCGGGGCGGGGCCGGGGGGGGAGCGGGGCCGCCCGUGACAGCGCGGCCGGGCCGUGCCCACGGCGGGGCCUCCGCUGUGCCGGCAAAGGGGGCAAAAAGAUUUCAGACGUUACAACCUCAGAAGGGAAAAGGAAAGCAGAAAGACGCCGGCCCCAUUUCCUCCCGGGUGCAUGUUACCAUUAACGUUACAGGGCUGUACACCUGCGACUGAGACAGCCAUGGAGAAGAGUGGGAACAUUCAGCUGGAGAUUCCUGACUUCAGUAACUCUGUCCUGAGCCACCUGAAUCAACUACGGAUGCAGGGUCGCCUGUGUGACAUUGUGGUCAACGUGCAGGGGCAAGCUUUCCGUGCUCACAAGGUGGUGCUGGCUGCCAGCUCACCCUACUUCCGUGACCACAUGUCUUUGAAUGAAAUGAGCACGGUUUCCAUUUCUGUCAUCAAGAACCCAUCUGUUUUUGAGCAGCUCCUUUCCUUUUGCUACACUGGUCGGAUAUGUCUGCAGCUGGCUGACAUCAUAAGUUACCUAACGGCCGCCAGUUUCUUGCAGAUGCAGCACAUCAUAGACAAAUGCACGCAGAUUCUUGAGGGAAUUCAUUUCAAAAUCAAUGUGGCAGAGGUGGAAGCAGAACUGAGCCAGACCAGGACGAAACAUCAGGAGAGACCCCCGGAAUCUCACCGGGUGACGCCAAAUCUGAACCGCUCCCUGAGCCCCCGUCAUAACACCCUGAAAGGGAGCCGCCUGGGCCAGGUUAGCACAGUGCUGGACAUCCGGGAGCUCAGCCCACCAGCAGAGUCCACCAGCCCUCAGAUAAUCGAACAGAGCUCGGAUGUGGAAAGCAGGGAACCCAUCCUGCGGAUUAACAGAGCGGGACAGUGGUACGUGGAGACAGGAGUGGGAGACCGCGGGGGACGGAAUGACGAUGACGUCCGGGUACUGGGAGGAGUGCGCAUUAAAACGGAGAACCUGGAGGAGUGGCUGGGGACAGAGAAUCAGCCAUCAGGAGAAGAUGGCAGCAGUGCUGAGGAGGUCACUGCUAUGGUCAUUGACACCACGGGCCACGGAUCAAUGAGCCAAGAGACUUACGCAUUAGGGUCCUCCGGAGCCAAAGUGGUCAGGCCGACCAGCAGUGAGAUCGACAGAUUUAGCCCAUCUGGCAGCAUGGUUGCUGUGACUGAGCGGUACAGAUCAAAAAGUGAAUCUCCAGGGCGGAUGGAUGAGCCCAAGCAGCCCAGUUCCCAGGGGGAGGAAUCAGCCAUGAUUGGAGUGAGCGGUUACGUGGAGUAUCUCCGGGAGCAGGAAGUGUCGGAGCGCUGGUUCCGCUACAACCCACGGCUCACCUGCAUUUACUGUGCCAAAUCCUUCAACCAGAAGGGCAGCCUGGACCGGCACAUGCGUCUGCACAUGGGCAUCACGCCUUUUGUCUGCCGGAUGUGUGGGAAGAAAUACACCCGUAAGGAUCAGCUGGAGUAUCACAUCCGCAAGCACACGGGCAACAAGCCCUUCCAUUGCCACGUCUGUGGCAAGAGCUUCCCUUUCCAGGCCAUCCUCAACCAGCACUUUCGCAAGAACCACCCGGGCUGUGUGCCUCUAGAGGGGCCUCACAGCAUUUCCCCCGAGACCACCGUCACGUCCCGGGGGCAGGCGGAGGAAGAGUCGCCCCCGCAGGAGGAAGCUGUCGCCGUGGGGGAGACGGCACAGGGAUCUGUGUCCACUACUGGGCCGGAUUGAAGCGCGGCUGCGGAGUCUGGGGAGAAAGAAACGUCUUCCCACUUGGGCUCUGGAGUCAGCACCGACCUCGCAGGCUGGUACUGUAAUUAGUGCAAUGCCACCACCGGACAGAAAGAAGCUCCCAAGAUGUUGCCAAAACAGAAGAAUCUCUCUUUUCUCUCACACACCCACACACACACACACACACACACACUUUGAGUGUUAACUGUUUCUCCCCUUUUUUCCUCCUGGGGAGAAACAAGACAACUGUGUCAAUCAACUUCUUAUUCAGGGAUCGACAGGAUUUUAACGUUUUGUAAUGUUCGAUAUUGAUCCGGGACAACAGUCCUUUUUAUUUCUCAGCAUCGUGGCCCCACAGGUGAGCUUGGCUGCUCCUCACCACAGCCAACGGUGAGGGGAGAGCAGGGCCGGGGGCAGCCGCCUUUCUCCGUUUCCCAGGUAGUUGUCACAUUAACAAACAUCAGACUGUCCUGGUGGAACCUGCCUUGCCUGACUGUAUUUAUCCCUGUCUUAUUUUUGGUGUGUCUCUUUUUACAUUUUUACUCCAACUAUUAUUUUAGGGCUUUUGGCUUGCCUGUCCCAGGUGCGUGGCCUCCGGCCCCUUCUUAAGAGAGGGGCAUGGCUGUAAAGCAGUAUUUGUUGUAGAGGUCAGCGAAAUUGGAAGCACUUAGGCUACUGAAAGUGAGAUUUAGCAGCUGUGAGGUCUGCGUUGCUCUCAACGUGUUGGAAGAAGGUUUGGAGGGAUCUUUUGGAGAGAGGCGUCCAUUGCUUGUGCUGAUCAGGAUGGGUCAGGGCGACGUCAGACCUGUGCACUGGCCGUGCUUUGGAUGUUGCCAAGCUUUAGGAUGAGGUUUGUGGACUGGCUGAACUGAGGAGUUGGAGACUGGCUACCAAAGUCGUCCUUCGCUCCAGCUCUCCCCUCGACACGCACUUGAUAUUUUAUAACAGCAAUAUGGUUUACUGAAAUACUCUAAUCCCAGCCAAGCAAUCAUGAGUGGUUGCUUUUAAACUUGUUUCUACAAACUAGUUUGAUAAGUUUUUUAUCGAUGAAAUGCAAAAAGAAAACCUUACUUUAUUUCCUCCUAAGGGUUUGGGAAACUUCAUGGUUCCUAGGGCAAUCACAACUCUGUCCCCUUGCAUGGACUUCAAGUUCUAAGCAGCUCUGACGUUUAGAGCAAGUUUAGCAGGCCCAGAGAGACAUGCCUGCAUUGUGUAUUGUAGGUGUUUGCACGUGCUUACGUGUUUCAUAAAUGGAAAAGCAUGGGACAGGUAGAGAAGUGCAAAUAUCUCGACAUCUUUUGAAGAAGUCUUCUUAAAAAUAUGCAAUACUUUUCUUUGAUUCUGGUGCCGAAUUGUUCGUGAUGGAGGUGGAAAUGAGUGACACGUUGUGUAGAUUGGGUUUGGGAGAGGACGUUUGUUUGAAGGGAUUCUCUGGAGGAUGUCUACUGUGUAUAAUAAGGAAGGAUGAGGUUCUGAUCCUUAAGGUGAUGGGAGGAACAAUGAGACACUGAAAAAGAAACAUUCCAUUCUGCUUUCACAAAGGAAGCUGGACAAGUGAUUACAGUGUGGGCUUAGCAGGCUGCAGGCUUCCCAAGUGAAACUGCAGCUUGUCCUGCUGUCCUGCUGUCUGACUGCACCAUGGUGGGCAUGGGGAACACCCCCCAGCCCGGAUUGGGACUUGUGAUCAUUUUCCUCUCUCCUUAAAGGCAAGAAUUUGGGGAAGAGCGAAGCACUCUUAACCUCACUUCUGCUUUGUGCAGGUGAUAGGUCUCACUGUUCCUCCCAUGUCUCUCAGAAGGCAGACGUGGCUCUAAUGAAUGUUUCUUUGUGUGCGGGGGAGGGAAGGGCUUGGUGUUCAUCAGCUGUACUGGGGAUGUGCUCCUCAGAGGAACCUCAGCCAGUGUUCUGAGCUGGGAGCCUGCAAAGUACAAGUUCACUGAGCAUUUCGGACAGGAAAACUGAUAUCUCGCCUCCAUUUUCCUUCCUCUCCUUCUUCCUCUCUUGUCAAGUGCAUCAUCACGUGGGGAGUGACUGAGCAGCCACCCCGUUCAGUUUCCUAUCAAAGGCCAAGCAGUGCGGUCGCAGUGACAAAAGAUGAGAGAUCAGAGCGUGGCUGAGGCAGGUUGCAUUGCAGUCGAGGUGUGGGAGCAGCGGAGAUACGCAGAGUAUGCUGCUUUAGUCAUAGCUUUUGAAGUUACCAAAAAUCAUUAAGGAAAGUUAAAGACUUUGGAAUGCUAUCCUGUUCACACUAGAGAGCGUCAAAAGUUACUUUAGUUGCUUAAAAGAUUUUUAAGUGUUUUAAAAUAGAACUUUUAAAAGAAUACUACCAAACUAUAAAAAAAAAACAAACAUAAAAUUAUUUAUAUACAUAUAUUAUAUAUAAAUAUAGUGGGAAAGUUUCCCUGCUAAGCUUGCUGUGAAGAGAAGGGUGAAGGUGCAGUACCUGCUAUACAAGCAGCGUUGGUCUGAAACAGAUGGCAACCAAUCCAUCAGCGCGUAGCAAUGAAGGGCUGACAUGAGAUGGUGAUUGCCUUAUUUGUAUGGCAUAGCUGUGAGUUUCUCCAGCAGAUAUUUGGGUUUUUGUUUUUCUUCUUUACUGUAUCGAUACUGUGAAUAGAGGAGCAUCCAACAGCCCGCGGUGGAAUCCUGCUGGGCUGAUUCACUACUUCCAAUUGGCCUGGUCAAAAUCAUGACCUUGUUCCUUCAUAUUGUUCUAGGCUAGUCUGAAAACAAAGCUUGUGAAAGGUCUUUAUUUUAUUUUUUUCCUCUGGUUUGGUUUAUUUCGUUGGGGUUUUUGUUUUUGUUUUGUUUUGGUGCAGAGGUUGCCACUGUAUCAUUUCUGAUUGCAUGCAAAAGAGCCAAUAUUCUUGCCCAGGCCUCACCGAGGUGAGGUUUAUAGCUUGUAGCUAGAGUCAGUAUAAGGUAUGGUAGUGGGAAUCAUUUUAAUAUUAUUUCUGUACAUUUAAUGGAUGUGUAUAUGUAUGUAUGUGUGGAAAUCACGGUGUCUCUGAUGUCUUCUCAAGCAGUGCUGAAAGCAAUUGAGGCCCAUCUGCACCAGGAGAGGGAAUCGGUUUGGAGGGAACUGUUCGCCUAACUUCUCUUUCAGUGAUUGAUUCCUCCGUGCAGACAGGGCUGUAAUUGGAGAAUGAGGGGUUGGAGGUCAUGUGCAGUGUGGCAGAACCAGGGCUGAGCUUUCCCAGCAUGGUGGAGCUGCUCGGCGUGGUGAUGGUGUCCUUCAUGCAUCUCCACUACAGAGCUUUGUGUGGUCACACCAAAGCUGUGGAUGAACAGACACCGGCUUUCCAAGUACGAAUGCUUCUGUGAUGGGUUGAGGCACAGCUUUGCGUUUCCACGUCUAGCUGCAGCUUUUUCCCCUUUGCCAAAACUGUGAUUGCAACUGUGAUUCGAGGAGGAUGUGAAGCGAAGUGUCGUCGUAAUACCUCUGUGACUUAACAUUUCUGUCAGCUUCAGAGUUGGGGCUCGCUAACCCAUUUGUUUGCUUGCCUCAGGCAGCAGGGGGGAUGUCCUCUAUUUCUGCGGGCUUCUGUGUUGGAGCGAGAACACAUUUCUUAGCUCCUUGCUGUGGCAAAGAAACCUGCCUCGUGCCAAGUGUAACGCUUCUCUCCAGCAGCCUGCAGAAAGCCCUGAGUGACAGCAAAGUGCUUGGACGGUCCCCUCUGCUGCCAGCUUUCCUGUGAAUAGCUGUGAAAAUAGUGAAAGUUGUGUUAGUAUUGUGCUGCUGCUUCGGGAAGAGCUGAGCCUUCCUCUGGGGAGGAACAGCUGGGAAAGAGACAAGCAGAAUGUCUUGCUGUUCUUCUGCAGCAGGAGCUUGGGACAGCAAGCGGGGCUGCUUUGUUCCAGCAGCUGGUGAGGGAUAAGCAAAGAGGUAUUGUUGCUGAAAAGCUCUCUGAUGUGAAAUAUAGGGAAAAUCAGAGGGUAUAGGAAUGGCUGAGCUGCGGUGAUUGGGCUGCUAGUUGGAGGAGAGGUGCCUGGAGAGGAAGGUCUGGCAGCAUCUUAUUUCUGAGCGUAGGAUUGAUUGGGUCAGCUUCAUUGUGCACAUUGUGAACGUUGCUAUUGAGAGGAUGGAAGCUGUGAUGGAAGCAGGGCUGGGCUGCACAGGAACUGGAGGUCGUCCUGCUGAUCUGAAGGUACCAGAGCUCAGUCUGCUGGGGAAAUGCCACGUGGUUCCUACCAUUUCUUUGUGUCAGAUCUGACGUUGGCUGUUAUUUAGGUUGAACUAAAAGGUAUCCGACUGUAAUCUUCACUGACCUGGUUGAGUUUUUUUUUUUAUUCCUAGGGACUGUAGACAAUUCAGGUUUCAUAUCACAUUAUCCUCAUCCCAACUGUGAACACAUUACUACUGCUUCUUAUAAUUUAUUACCUUUCCGUUCCUGGACGUCUGUGCGAUCUGGCUGUUUACCAGUGCCACCUUCCAGUGCUCCAUUAGUUUUCAUGCACAGGGAAUUGUUGCAAUGGAUAAGCUGACUGUGCUAGUUGGAAGAGUAGAAGCCUUUGUAGAGUGACUUUUGCUUCCUCUAGCUGUCAUUAGGGAAUGCACACACACAUACUGUAUAUACAUAUGUAUGCAUACAUAUAUAAAGUGUUUCAAUAUAAGCUCAUUUAGCAUUAUUCUUAUUUAAUUUAUAUUUUAAUCCAGUUGUAAACCAAAGUAUUACAGGUUAUGAAAUGAUGCGUCUUGGAAACAGGAGGAACCAUUUGAGGUGGGAGUUCCUAAAGAUCUGUAUUGACAAAAAUACAGAUGCAAGUAAGGUGUAAGAGUUUGCUCUGGUGAAUCUUAGGGAUGUGGAACCUGGGCCAGGUUUAAGAUGUGCUGGAUAAGGUUUGAUUGAGGGGAGGCAGCGCGUUACUGUUUUAACGCUGUUCUUUUUCUCCCCCAGUCUGACUCGGUGUUGGAGGAGCUGCUCCAGGAACAGCUGGCAGAGAGGAGGCACUUCAGCUACCUUUGCUGGAUGAAGCAGGACUUCCCUGCAGGGGAACUGAGGCGUGUUUUUGUUGCCCUCCCUUGUCAUUGCAGGAUUGGGAGGAGUUUUUGUUCAGACAGGACAGGCUGUCUCUGUGCUGCCUGUGGCUCUGCCUCCAUCUCCCCCAGCCUGCUGUUCCUGGCUGUGAUGGAAGGGUCAGGGCUGGGAGGUUUGCACUGAGGUGGAGGAGCUGCAGCCAGGCACAGUGCUGCAGGGCUCUGGUUCAUGUGUGCUGUCACAGCAAUUACAGCCAUCCCUGAUGGUCUUCAGGGCCUUCUGAAGGCCGCUGAACAUCCCUGAGGUACAGAGAAAUGGUUUUGUUAAACAGAAUCGAGGCUUAAAACUUGCCAUGUUCUUCAUGGCACUUAGCUGUUUCAUGGAAAACAAGCCCAGAAAUAAAAAGAGGGAAGGCAGCAAAUCAGAAUGUAGUCUGGCACAACCAGGGGCUGCAGAAUGGCCACACAGAGCUGGCUUAGUGGCCGAUGUAGUGCAGUAGCAGACAGGCACUUGCUGCUGACUGAUGCUGAAAAGCACGUUUGUUUUUCAGUAACCUCUAUGGAGAGGCACAGUCUGCUGUCACCAAUGGAAAGAGGAAGUAGGGUCAGAGAUAAGAUCUUGUUAAUCAUUUUGUACAGGGGAGUAAUUGCCUAUCCAAGGAAGGUACAAAUUCUGCAGCCAGCUCUACCACAAAGUCUCCUGCAGGCUUGGCAGCGGCUGUGCCUCCUCUCAGAGCCUCUUUUUGUAGCAGGCUGCCCUGCGUCCUUGCACUGAGCAGCGAUGAGCCGCCUGCCUGCUGCUGCUGAUUGAAUAGGUUCCCUUCAUACUGUCCUGCAGGAUUAGUGCGUGCUCACAGCUCGGGGUGUACACGCAGUCCCAUUUUUAGCUCCUGAGUUCAGAUCUGGCAAAUAUAAAAAGCUUGUAAGCUAAUCUAUGUCUGAUUGCAGGCGCUGGGCACUGGGGCUGAGCGCAGGAGCCCUGCUGUGCCAUGUGCUGUGUUCAUUCUAUGUGAACCCCACAAUGAAGGACAGGGAGCAGAGAAGACAGAGCUGGGCACUUCAAGGCGUGCGGUGCAAGGAGCAGCAACAAGCAGGAGUUUAUACGUGGGACGUACAGGUUAGGUGUAAUGGAGAAGCUUCUUCACCUCGAGCACAGCCAAACACCGAACAGGUUAUGCACAGAGGCUGGGAGAUCUCCCUCUUUGGAGAUGCUGAAGCCCCCAUGCCAGCUGCCUGAAGCUGCCCCAAGGUGGGGGCUGGGAGUCAAAGGCCUUCAGGGGAAGGCUGGGAAUCACUGUCUCUGUGCUGUGCUAUAUGAAGCAAGGGGCAGAGGCUCCGACCCUGCCCGUGCAUUAUCAUUGUAUUUUCAUUUGCCAAUGAUAGACCUGUGACAUAGCAUCUUGUCUGCAGUGGUCUGUGGAGAGGCUGGCUGCUCACCAUGCCUGAGUGCAGCAGCCUGUGUUCCUUGGACUAAGCCAAGCUAUAUUUCUGUUAGACUUGUAUUUUAUUUUGAAGAAUUAUCAUGUAACAAUGGGCAGCUGUUAACAGGCUGCCUAGUUCAUAUCAUUAAGCUUUUGAAACGUAUUCAGGUAUCAUUUAAAUACUGCUGUGUAACUCCUCGUUUAACCUGACAUACUCUGAGUUAAUCGUGUCUCUGCAGGUGUCUACGUCAGUACUUUAAAACAAAUCAGUGUAUUUUUUGUUUGCAGACUGUCAGUUAUGUUAAGCUUCCAACUUUAUGUGGGUUUUGUACUUAACCCCCCUCAGUUUUACAGUUAAAUGUUUUCAUUAUUUUUAUUAUUAAUUGAGUGAAGCUUAUUUAUUUAAACCUUCCUGUUACAUUUGCAUUCAGACCCAGUACCAUUGGCCGUGGCCCAUGAAACUGUGAAACUCAUUAUAAAGUAAGAAUGAAGCUAGAUUGGUGAGUUACUCAUGGUUAUAAAAUACAGUGAGUAGCAGCUUCAAAAUAGGAUUAAAAGUGCUGGGGCUGGAAUCAUGAAAUCACAGCUGAGAAACCCCUGUGGGAACAUCACCUGGAGAUGUUCCUGCACCAGUUCCCCAGGUGGCCAAGUUCAGGAGUUGUCCUGAUACAGAGAGUUUUGUCUGGGGUCGGUGUAUUGCAGGCAUUGGUUUGGUAUGGGUGCUCUGUGAUGCCAUUUCCUUAGCGCUUACAUGUCUGAGGAAACUCUGGAUUACUGUGAAGCUUUUAGUUAAUGCUCCAUUGCAUGGGAGUUGGUAUCUGAACAACCAUUGGCUCGACAGAGGUGAGGGCUGAGGCAGGAGCUGGUGUGACACUAACAAAAUGGGACGGUGCAAUUCUCUGAAGGACAGCUCUGGCUUUGCCCUGCUCAGGGAGCAGUGGAGCUGCUGUUGGUUCAGCCCCUGAGUAAGGCAAAUGCUUCUUGGCUCCCUGAAUUUCAUGUCUGGAGAAAAAGCUGUGUUGGCACAGGGCAAGUGCCAGAGAGAUAUUUGAAAGUACAAGGGAACGCUGUCGUUAUAUAACACACGCUUCUUGUGUAUGUAGAACUGCUGAUGGUUAGGAUGGGCUGAGGAGCAAGAGGGACCCUCGGUGGUGGAAGCUGAGGAUGAGAAUCACACACAGCUCUGUGCUCCUGAGGUCACUUCUCCGCCACCCAUAACACGAGGUGAAGCCCUGUUGUUGCCCAAGGUGCUCUCUGCCCCCACCUUCCCCAGCGUCACCCCCUCUUUCCUGUACAACACUGUGAAUGACACCAAUCACUCUUUGAAGGCUCCCAUUCAGCUUGCUGAGAGCACAAAGUGCUGCCCUACAUGGUGACGCCGGGGGCGAUGGCACCGAAGGCUGCACACAGGGACAGCUGUGGCCCAGUGUUCUGCACAGAGGCCAUAUUUAAGCAGCUUUGUGUAACAAUUUGCUAAUCACGCUUGCUUUCCUAAUGAACUAAACUGACAAUCAAUUUCUAAAAUAUAAGAGCUUCUUAGAGGGAAUAAUUGAGGAUGGAAGAUUUAACCGGGAUAACUUUAGUAAAGAGCACGGGAGCUUUUCUGUUCUGUUUCUGAGCAAUCACUCCAGAAAGUGCGUUGUGUUAAGCAGCAGAGUCCCAGGACAGUAACUACCUCUCUCUCUCGGAGUGCUGAGGUUGCCACGCUGUCAGCAAAGCGUUCACUUCAGAUUUGUUUUCCUUACCUCCAUGUGGCAGCAGCACCGGGCGGCUCUGGGAGCUGUAGGGAAAUGGCACUGGGGAGCACCCUGCAGUGCCAGCAGCUCUCUAUGAGCCCUGGGGGUCUGUGCCUCACGCUCAGUGUCACAGUGAGGCUCCCAGGGCUAUGCGCCCUGCACUGCGAGGGAGUGAGGGCGUAAGGGGGAGGGAGGACCCACCUCCCUCCCACCCCCUAAGGGAGCAGGCAGCAGCAAAAAGCAAUAAACUUCAAUAACCAUAACACUUUUAUGUGUUGGUCGUUACUCAGCAGAUGUGACUCCCUGGUUUUAUGUCUUGUACAAACGUACAGGGAGCAGAUCUGGCAUGCAAAAAAAAAAGAAAAGGUGCCAUUUUUUUUUUCUUUAUAAUUAAACAGAUUCCCUUUCCAAACGAGAACAGCACUUUAAAAUAGGUUCCCCUUCAAGAAAAAAAAGAAAAAAAGAAAAAAAAAAAAAGAAAAAAAGGAAAAAUAAAAAAUAAAAAGAAAAACCCUUUACUGAAGAAAUGCACUUUAACUGGUAGGUGAGCACGGCUGCUGUUGAGGCUCGCUGUCAGCCAGAGCCCAGGGAGCGGCGGUGCCCAACGCGCGGUGCCCACGCACUACUGCAGCUCUACCUCCCACUGCCCCUGGGCCUGUGCUGCUGCAGGAGUCCCACCCAAAGGCAGCAGCAGGAUGGGGGCCUUGUUGCAAUCCUGUUGUAAAUCGGUCAGAAAAACAAAACCCGCCGCCACCUUUGCCUGUAGGGAGAAUUAAACCCAUUUCCAGACCGUACCCCCGGCUCCGGCGCAGCAGAGGGCUGUGCUAAGGUGAGGUUGUACCUGGGGGUGUGAGGUUUCUUAUAUGAUGGAUAUGGAGCCCUCAGCAGUUGAGUAUUUACAAAUGAUAAUAGUCCAUGUUCACGUGUCCCCUGUUGAUUCCGCUCAGAGCUGGUUUGUAGAGUAAGCAUUUGUAAGAGAAACUGUGUUGUCAUCAUCGAUUCUUGGCCUAUAACUCAAAUGUGCAGGACACGCAUUGUACAAUUGUACAAUCAAUAGGUAAACAGAGGUUUAAACAGAUGUUUCGUUAAGAAAGAUUAUCGUGAUGGAAAUAUGAUCUAUAAUAAAUGAAAAUGCUCACCAAUGUUGAAGGCUUGUAGUAAACCCACAGAGGAGUGAUCUCCAGAGAAAGAGAUGCUGCCUUAGUGGUGGUCAGCCCUUAAAUGGGAUCUAGGAGAGGUGGAGUCAAGCUCCACCCCUUCCAGUAGCACAGCUGAAUUACCUUCACCUGUGCUCCCAUAGCUGACUCAUUGCUUGCCUCACAUGGUCAAUCAGAGGUUCAGGCUGUGAUCAAGUUUCCCCAUACACGUGUCCUCACCCUCAAGACUUAUUCUCACAGUUCAGAAAGUUUCCUGCUGUACUAAUUGUUGUUUAUUUGUAAUUUUACUCUUGGUUGCAAUGAAAAAACAAACAAGUCUGUACUCACGCUCAGUCGGCAGCAGGUUGCAGCAGGUUGCAGCAGGUUGCAGCAUGGUCCUGCUGUUCUCAGCAAUCCCACCAGCCGUCCCCGUGGGUUGGAUGGUGGCUGCAGUGUGAGCAGCAGAGCUGUGGCAGGGCACAGGACCGAGGCGUUGUGGGUUGUACAGUCGUACAGUUGCAUUUCAGCAGUUCAGCAUAAAGCGCUCUCGUCGGACAGCUUUAAGAACAAUGUGAAUGAAAAAAGAAAUCUAGCAACUUGGGUAGGAAUCUUGGAAAAUUCUAGCAGUGUAUACUUGAACUUCUGUUUGUAUCAAAAAACAAAUCGCAUUCUUCUUUCUUUUAACACGGUGUAAAAGAACAUUAUGCAUGUGAGUGGUUUGAGAAUUAAAUGGUUUAAUACUCAGCUCUGUGCCUGUUUCUUGUAGCUGACUGUUCUUGGAUAGCGGCAUUUCCUCCCAGCCAUAAAGGCAGGUUUCUCAGAGAAAGCUGGUUUAAAGCUCACUACGCAGUCAAACAGCCUGAACAGCCUUGGCUGCAUGGCGAGGCUCUCACUAGUUCAGCUCUUGGGCACAGCGGGCACACCAGGGCUGCUGGAAGUAGAGCUCCAGAGCUUGGCAGCUCCUCCACCCACCAGCUAUUUGCUGCAGAAGAUGGCCCUGGGGCCCAGCACUGAUUGCUUGGCUGCUGCGACUGAGGAGCGUGGGAAAGGGCACAUUCAUUGAGGAAGGGAAGGUUAAGCCUAGGAAGUGACUUAGUGAAAACCGUCCAUUCAGAGAUGAGUUUAUUCCAUACAGAUCUAUAGGUUUUAAUGUACUGGGGGAGGAGAGUUACAGUUUGAUGCCUGAGAGGGAAGAGGGGUUGGAUACAGGCCUGGCUGCCAUGAAAAUACCAGUGCCAGGGG